GGCCCGUCCCGCGCCCCCGCGGCGGCCCCGCGGCCCAGCGCGCCUUCGACCCCGGGCCCGUCCGCCGCCGCCAUGGCCCGGCCGCUGGUGCCCAGCUCACAGAAGGCGCUGAUGCUCGAGCUCAAGGGGCUGCAGGAGGAGCCGGUAGAGGGCUUCCGCGUGACCCUGGUGGACGAAGGCGACCUGUACAACUGGGAAGUGGCCAUCUUCGGGCCCCCCAACACAUACUACGAGGGCGGCUACUUCAAGGCACGCCUCAAGUUCCCCAUCGACUAUCCUUACUCCCCACCGGCCUUCCGCUUCCUGACCAAGAUGUGGCAUCCCAACAUCUACGAGACGGGGGACGUGUGCAUCUCCAUCCUGCAUCCCCCUGUGGAUGAUCCCCAGAGCGGGGAGCUGCCCUCCGAGCGUUGGAACCCCACCCAGAAUGUCAGGACCAUCCUCCUGAGCGUCAUCUCCCUCCUCAAUGAACCCAACACCUUCUCCCCGGCCAACGUGGACGCCUCAGUGAUGUACAGGAAGUGGAAGGAGAGCAAAGGCAGGGACCGGGAGUACACAGACAUCAUCCGGAAGCAGGUCCAGGGGACCAAGGUGGAUGCGGAGCGGGACGGCGUGAAGGUGCCCACCACGCUGGCUGAGUACUGCGUGCAGACCCGGGCUCCAGCACCCGAUGAGGGCUCAGACCUGUUCUACGACGACUACUACGAGGAGGCCGAGGCCGAGGCCGAGGCCGACAGCUGCUUCGGGGACGACGAGGACGAUUCCGGGAACGAGGAGUCCUGACAGCGUGUCCCCCACCGAAUAAACGCACAGAUUUUACCUCACCAGGCCCAGACUCUGUGGGCUCUCGGGCACCUCGUGACGUGACGCCAAGGUCACCUCAGGGAGGGGGCCUUGCGCUUGCACUCUCCUUGGUCUUGCUUUCCUUUCCCAUGUUUGCUCUGGGUGCUCCUUGGCUUCAGAGGAGGGGCCUCACUUGUGCUGGGCACCUGGCGGGCAGGCCUGGGAUCCCAGACCCCACCCCGUCUGCCGCCCCACUGGCUGGAGCCAGAGACUUGGGGAUCCCAGUUAGUGGACUGAUUAACUUGUGGUCAUCUCUUCCUUCUGCUUUGGUUUGUUUGGAAUCUAAAUAAAACGACUUUAUGAGAAGCCAGAGAACCAACCUCUCCUUGGUCUCCCCAAAGGACAUUGGGGGCCAGGAGGCCAGGCCUAGUGCCAGCAGCACUGCAUGCGUGGGACGCAGAGGCAUGCCCAGCGUCUGGGGAUGUGGGCCCCAAGGGUCCUGAGCCCCAGGACAGAAACAACCAGCACCCCUCAGGUGGCUGCACCAGCUGCCUGCAGAUGCCACACCUACCAUCCCCCCGGCGUCACCCAGGCCUCUGGCUUUAUUUCUGUGUAACCAGAAAGUCAGGAGCAGGGUGGAUAGCAUCAUCAGGACGAAGGCCCAAGUGGGACCUGACCCGACUGGUCGCUGCAGCUGGAGCCCAGGUGACCGCCCCACAGGUGAGAGACAGGUACACCCCAGGGCCACGUCCAGCCUCACGGCACCCACUGAGCUGCCCUGGCCCACAAGUGCAGCUUUCACGGCUGGCCUCGAUAGUUUUGGGUUUUUUUAACAUGAAUGAUUUUCCUACAUUAAAAUGUGGAAGGUUUCAC